AUGGCCGGACCCAUCAUGGAAUGGGCCUCCGAGAUCUUUGGCAACGUGAAGCGGAAGGGCGAGGCGGCGGGUCAGUUCCUGGACGCGGAGUCGGAGAUCGAGAUACUUCGGGACGUCGUCAAGGAGUGUCUCAUCCGCCACAUCCUCAAAGUCAUCAACACCACGAACUCCACCUCCCACGCGUCGGGCAGCCACGACGCCGGUCUCCUGGCAACUCCCCAGGGCUACACAGCCGGGGACUUGGAGAGUCUCUCUCCCGACUGCGUGAACGGCCUGAUGACCAAAGGCUAUGGAAUUCAGGACCACUUCAUCGAGGAUCGCAUCAUUGAGGACGUCUACAAGGAGCUGGAGAUGAUCGACUUCGAAGGCAAACUCACGCAGGUGCAGCAGCAGAAGAUGAUCGGAUACCGCACCGACAAAAUCUGCUGGGUCAACUUCGAAGGCCUCGACCGGGAGAAACAGCCUGGUCUUCUGGAGCUCUUCAAGAAGAUGAUCUCCAUCCCCUUCGAGCUCAAUAAGAAGUGCAGCUUGUAUCUGCAGGCAUCUGCCUCAUUCCACUUGGGCUGCUACCCCAAGGACGCCUACUACAAGAAGCACGUGGACGGAGGAUAUGAGUCGAACUUGAACAACGGUAGGAAGGUGACCGCCCUCUUCUACGCGAACAAGGACUGGUCCCAGAGCGACGGAG